AUGCUACAAGUCGAUCUUUUUGCACUUCUACAGCGAUCACCACUGGAUGACAUGGCUAUGGAAUUACUUAAAAUGCAACAAACUCGGAAAAAUAAUCAAAAAUCGACCGAAUGGCGUUUGAAAGGAAACGAACUAUUUCACCAAGAAGACUGGCCUGAAGCAACAACUUGCUACACCAAAAGCUUGUGUUAUGCCGAAGUUGGUUCUGAAAACGUGGCGUUAGCAUAUUCGAAUAGAUCAGCAUGUUUCUUGCACGCGAUGAAGUUGAAUGAAGCCUUGGUCGAUAUUGAUCUUGCCUUAAAGGCAAAUUUACCUGAUCGCCUGCUACCGAAGCUGGAACAACGUAAAAAGGAUACUUUGAACUUGAUGUUAAUGGUUGAGCGUAAAGAUAGAUUCGAACCGAAACUAAGUUACAAAGUUGACAAGAAUUUCCCGUGCAUGGCUAAUGUCGUGGAGAUAAAAUACAACCAAGAAUUUGGUCGUCAUCUGGUUGCAAAGUGCGACAUUCCAGUUGGGAAAACUGUUUUGGUAGAAAAGGAUUUCCUUCGAAUCAGGCGUGAACCGUCGGUCUGUAAUUCAUGUUCACAACAAUGCCUGAAUUGUAUGGCUUGUCCCAACUGUCCCGAUGCUAUGUUUUGCGGUGUUGAUUGCAUGAAUAACGAUCAAAUCCACAAAUUGGAGUUCGGUACAUUUUUCCCAAGUCUUCCACUUGAAAAUAGAUUUGUGAUCAAAUCAAUUUUGUUCGCCAUCACCAGUUUUCCUAACGUAGAGAGUUUGAUGCAGUUUGUUGAAGUUGCACGGCUCGAAAAGCCCGAAACAUUACCGAGAUUUUUGAGCGAUCCCAAGUCAAAGUAUCAUUUCUUCUUCAAACUUUCCACAUCAGCACCGUAUUCUCGUGCAUUAAUAGAAACCCACAAGCUGUAUAAAACCUCCAUGGACUUGCCGAAAGUAGGCAGUCUCUUCGAUAGUGAUCGAAAGAUGCGUUUUCUUAUGCAUUUGACCAUGCAUCAUAUCCUAAUUUACAACAGUAAUGCAUUUAAAUCGGGAGAUUCUAAGUAUGUGGCCAAUGUUACAUCUCUUAUGAAUCAUUCAUGUGCUGCCAACGUUAUCAGUUACCCUUUAAGAGGUUAUGUAAUCGGUGUGACAGGACGAACAAUCAGAAAGGGUGAACAGCUUUUCAUCAAUUACUCGAAGGAACUCGAUGGAAUGCCGUCAAAUGAACGAAAAGCAGAAUUGAAAUCUCGCCGGGGCUUUGAUUGCAAAUGCGAAAGAUGCGAGCCAACGCGGGCACCAAACGAUCGAAAACUGAUUACGGCGGAUCCAUGUUACAAAUACGUGGCCAAAAAUCAACACAUUGAUAUUUUACACAAUCAAACUGAAUCUGCCAUCAUCAAGAAGAAGUGCGUUGAAUUUUUGAACAAAUACGGACGCUCAGUAUGGUCAUUGGAAAUCAAAUUGGUUACCAUUGUAUACGCAAAUCAAUUAGCAAAUACUUUAUAA